AUGGACUGCUUUAAGACUUAUAUAAAUGAACAAAGUACUGAUAUUAUAGAAACAACUGAAAUAAAAGAAGCUGAUAAUUAUCGAAAAAUUGAAGAAUUAAAGCAAGAGAUUAAACUAUGCAAUAUUAAAAAUUCAGAACUAGAAAGUUCUUUGAAAUCUGUAAAAGAAAGGCUAAUAAUUGAAAAAAAUUUAGUGGAUGCAAAAAAACAAAAAUAUAAUGAACUACUCACAAAUUAUUUAGAAACAAAAGAAAUGCUAACAAAAUAUGAGAGCAAAGAAAAAGAAUGGGAGGAUGAUUUUCAAAAGCAUUCUCAAUUAUUGGCAAAGAGUAAAGAAGAUUGGAGUAAGGAGAAAAAUGAUUUUGAAGAAAAAAUUGAAAAAUUCGAAUAUGAGAAAAAUUUCUUUUGUGAAGUAAUACAAAAAAAUGAAGAAACUAUACUAAAUAAAGAUGAGGAAAUAAAUAAUUUAAUUGAAGAAAUAAGCUCAUUGGCCAAUCAAAAUAGAAUAAAAUUAUCUGAAAUUGAGGCUGAAAAUAAGCUGAAUAAAGAAGAAAAAGAGAGAUUAUUAAAAGAAAAUCAGGAAAAGACGCUUUAUUUGGAAAAAACUAUUAAUGAAAUGAAUGAGUUGGUUAAAAACAUAAAAUUAUUAGAGGAUUCAGAGAUCAAAAAUAAAGCAAAAAUUCAAGAACUACUAUUAAAAACUGAUAAGUUAUAUGAAGAAUUUAAUCAGUUGAAUAUAAAAAAUUGCCAAUACCAAUUAAAUUUGAAUAUGAUGCAGGAUCAGCUAUUAAAAAUGAAUAAAGAAGCACCAGAUCAAUCACUGGGUUUAAGCAGCCAAGCUGAAAAUAUUAAAAAGUUGGAGCAAGAGCUAAAUGAAGCAAACGAAAAAUAUGAACUCCUAACUCGAUUCAAGAAGAAAUAUAUUUGUGAUGUUGACGGAAGACGGACUCCAAGGUGCGCCACAGGUUUUGUUUCUCCCUCAAAGGAUUUUCCUGUUCCUGCUAGAACAAAAAGUUUUUUCUGGCAUGUAGUCUUUUCUAAUCAGAAUACUGGACCAGAGAGCAGAUCCUCGGGUCAGGAAGUUCAGUCCGGAAUUAGAAAGGGAGAUUUAUUUCCUUAUCUGAAGUCCGAAGUUUAUAGCAGCUUGACCUUUUGGAGCAAUGCAAUGUUGAAUGGUUAAGUCCGCUUAUCUCAAUACUUAAUCUUAAUCUUAACUUUGUAUAUAAUAAAUGAGUUCACUUUAAUACUAAUAAAUAAAAAAAAUAUAUACAAUUUAUUAUAGAAAUGCUUUUAUCAUCAAAAAAAAUUAAAAAGAGGAAUAAGGCAAAAAUCAAUUGAAGACUGUUCAAUUAUCGAAGAUAUGAAAAAGCAAAUCUGCAGCUUUGACAGCAAAACAAAAUUUUAUUAUGAAAAUAAAAUCAAUUUUCUUGAAGAAAAUAUCAAUGAAUUAAUUGAGCAAUGUGCAAACCUUGAGAAGCAAUUAGAUGAAAGCAAAUUUGAUGAGAAAAUGAUCUAUAAAAAUGUUUAA